AUGUCUAUCCUGAACGUCACCCCAGACUCAUUCUCCGACGGCGGUAAAAACUACAACCUCGACCCCGACUCCCUCCACCGCACAAUCCUUUCGCACGUCUCCGCCGGCGCCACCAUAAUCGACAUCGGCGGGCAAUCCACCCGCCCCGGCUCACCCCAAGCCUCCUCAUCCGAAGAACUCCAACGCGUGCUCCCUGCCAUCAAUCUAAUCCGCUCCCUUAACCUCCCUAACAUCCCCAUCAGCAUCGACACGUACCGCGCCGACGUUGCUGAAGCUGCUAUCAAUGCCGGCGCACACAUCAUCAACGACGUCAGUGCCGGCCAAAUGGACCCAGCUAUGCUACCCACAGCCGCCAAACUCGGCUGCACCGUAUGCCUCAUGCACAUGCGCGGCACCCCCGAGACCAUGAACUUCUUAACAGACUACCCUGCCGGUCUGCUCGAAACCAUCGGCGCUGAACUCCUCGCCCGCGUCCACGACGCCGAAGCUGCAGGCAUACGGCGCUGGCGCAUCAUCCUCGACCCGGGUAUCGGCUUCGCCAAAACACUCGACCAGAAUCUGGAGUUGCUGCGCCGCUUCGAGGAAUUGAGGGCGUACCCCGGGCUGGAGAACUUUCCAUGGCUGGUGGGCACGAGUCGGAAGGCGUUUAUUGGGAAGAUCACGGGUGUUGAGGAGGCGCGGGAGAGAGUUUGGGGCACAGCUGCGAGUGUGGCGGCGGCGGUACAGGGGGGCGCAGAUGUUGUUAGAGUACAUGAUGUAAAAGAGAUGGGGCAAGUUGCGAGGAUGGCGGAUGCGAUUUGGAGGGUUUGA